UGUAGGAGCAAUCAUGUAAUCGGAAGCUCGCGCGAAGCAGCUCUACAGACAGCAUAAGAACAGUUGUUCUCGCCGCUGGGUCAUUUGAUACGGCCCUCUUCACUGCUCAACAUCGAAGAAUCUAGUUCCUCUAAGCUUCAGCGCUGCGAACAUCGGAAUCUAUCCUUUCAUCACCUCUCCACCGAAAUCUGCACUCGAACCAUGCGUUACUCCAGCGUUCUGACUCUUGCGGCUUUGUUCGCCGCGGCAGCUGCCGCCCCCCUUACCAGCGAGGACCACGAGACAAUCAACAAGCUCAACCAGCUGGCUAUCGACCAUCCCGACAUAAAGGGCGCUGUUGAGAGCGUUCUUUAUGCAGAGUACGGGGGGCUUCGACCUGCCAAGCGCGAGGACGGUGAGCACAUCAAGGCCACCCUGACCCAGCUGGCCAUCGACCAUCCUGAGGUCCAGGGCGACGUUGAGAGCAUUCUUAAGAUGGAUUAUGUGAGCCGUGGGUAGUAGCGCGACGGUCAAGUAUCAAGGUCAUUGCAGCUGACACAGCCCGGCGGGCGGGCGAUGCGCUACCUCGAGCUUCAGAAGGUUGUUAGUAUUAUUCAAUGAGACAUGUUGAGUCUUACGGAUGGCGUAGGAAUGGGACUCCAUGACGCUGUGACUACGACUGGCUCGUCGAGUAGUAGACGGGUCAGAAGGCAUUGCUGCUUGAGCCCAACCCGGAGAUUCAGUUAGCCCCUGAUCCUGGCGCGCGGGCCGGAUCGUCUUGGGGUUGCCUUGGGUAUACGAAGCACUUGUAGUAUCCGAAAAUGGAAGAAGACAUGUGUUUGCC